AUGGUGUUUUCUAGGUUAGCGACCAUAUCAUUUUUGCUGGCCGCCUGGGUGGGAGAGGUUCAGGCGUAUUUUACUCAGUCGCCAUUGUACCGGCUUCCGGGAAGGGCCGCGCGGGUGCGAUCUAAACCUACAGAUGAGUCCAUUUGCAGCGGGCGAACCGGAUUCUCUGGGUACGUGGACACAGAAGAUGAUCGCCACAUGUAUUUUUGGGGCUUUCCUAGCGAGAACAACCCACAAGUCGACCCAGUCAUCCUUUGGCUCACUGGAGGCCCAGGAGCAUCAGGUGUAACAUUCAGGCUAUUUGAUGAACUCGGCCCAUGCCUAUACGCCGAGAAUGGAACAACAAUUGCCAAUGAAUACAGCUGGCACUCUAAUGCUACUAUGAUAUUCAUCGAUCAACCGAUCAAUGUGGGUUACUCGUACUCCGGCCAGCAAGUGAGCACUCUGAGAGACUCAACCACGGACCUGUUGAACUUUUUGGUUGGUUUCAUGGAUGGGUUCCCUGAAUAUGCAAAACAGCCAUUCUACAUCGCCGGUGAAUCAUAUGGCGGCAGUUAUGUGCCAGCGCUGGCAAGCCGAAUCUAUGACAGACAGAAGAUCUCAAACCAUGACCAAGUAAAGAUCAAUCUCCAGGGCAUCCUCAUUGGAAAUGGCCUUUUCAAUGACGUGCUGCAGCGCAGAGGCUUUUAUGAACUGGCCUGUGUGCAGGAGUUUGGCGCACCUGGCAAGAAGUUUCUCAACGCUAGUGAUUGCGAUGAGAUGCUUGUGCACAGUCAGCGAUGCGAGGAUUUGUCGAUUCUUUGCAAAGAAAGCGAUGGCGACACUGUCGUUUGUGGAGCAUCGAACAGUUUCUGCCGGAAGCAUAUUGUUGGCAUGAUUGACAGGACCGGACGCAGCCCUUAUGAUAUUCGUCAGCAUUGCUAUGAGGAUGACGAGGGAGGAGAACUAUGCAUGCCGCCCUCGACGUUACAUGAGUGGCUCAACACCACCGAAGUACGCAGGCAACUCCACGUGGAUGACGCUGCCUCGUACAUCCCUCUCAAUUAUGACCUUGAACAAGCUUUUGGCAACAAUGGCGAGAUUGGCUACCCUUCCGAUUUCCUGCUCAACAACCUCCUAGAUAAACACCAACUGCGCACCCUGAUCUAUGUGGGGAAUAGGGACUGGUACUGCAAUGCUCCAGGGACGCGCUAUCUUGCCGAUAGUUUGGCGUGGCAUGGACAGGCGGCUUUCCGGGCGCUGCCGUACGCGGAGAUGUUCCUAGAACCCCAGCAUGCUGAAAGUCGGUCGACCUGGGGAUUCCAUAAGAAGCAUGAGCAGUUGAGUUUCUUUGAGAUCGACGAUGCGGGACACUUGGCCCCGAAAGAUAAGCCCAGAGAAACACGGGAGAUGGUUUUCAGGUGGAUUAAUGGCGAGCUUUGA